AUGGAUGCCCACCGUGCUGUAUGGGAGGAGAGGGGCGGCAUAGGGGCGGGAUGUGGGAGGGUCGGCAAGCUCAGCACCUCCCUGGUGGCGCUAAGGCUGUGGAGUUUUCCGAAGCUGUGGUGGCAUGGAUGCCCACCCUGCCGUAUGGGAGGAGAGGGGCGGGGUGUGGGAGAGGCGGCAUUUGGAGGGGCGGAAUGUGAAAGGGGCGGCAUGUGGGAGGGGUGGCGUAUGGGAGGGGCGGCAUGUGGGAGGGGUAGCGUGUGGGAGGGGCGGCAUGUGGGAGGGGUGGCGUGUGGGAGGGGCGGCAUGUGGGAGGGGUGGAGUGUGAGAGGGGUGGCAUGUGGGAGGGGUGGCGUGUGGGAGGGGCGCCAUGUGGAGGGAAAGUAA